CUCGCUCGGCUGCUCGGCGCUAUUUCGCUUUCGAUCUCUCCGUUGACAUAGAGUGUGUGUGUAUAUAUAUAUAUAUAUAUCUAUAUAUCGUACCGGUAUAUCAACGAGGACGUCGCACAUCAGAUCAGAUCGUCGCGUCGAUUCUUGCUCUACUCCCCCGCCCCGUCCAACAUCAUCAUGUGGCGGCUACUCGUCUUUGCAGGUCUGCUGACGGCCGGAGUACGCGGAUCGGCUGUCCAGGAUAGCGAGACGAAGGAAACCGCGAGUUUGGCCAAGAGAUCGCCGAUCGGCGCAACUGCCGUCUACGGGGCUGCGCCUCAGCAUCAGGGACAAUACGUCGUCAGGCAGGGGGAUGAGACUCAGGAGCUCACACCGGAGUACCUGAACCUGCUGCAGCAGUACCUGGAGACUCGCCAGCUGCAGCCGCACCAGCAGCACCAACAGCCCCAGCAGCCGCAGCACGUGUCCCGAGCCCGUCUCGGCGCGCUGAUCGAGCAGGAGCUCGUUAGGUUGGCCGAGAGGCCAGUGGCUCCGCCGCACAAGCAUCACCAGGGUAUACCGCUCGAGGUCGAGCAGUACCACGUGGAGACGUCUCCGCGGCGGCCGAUCCAGCACCAGGCCCAGGCCCAGGUCCAGCCGGGUAUCCACCACCCGCAGGUCUACUACCCGGUGGAGGACGUCGUCCAGCCGCAGCACCAGCCGCGACCCCAGCCUCAGCACAGACCGCAACCCCAGCACCAGCAGCAGCUCCAGUACCACCAGGCAGUGCCGAUCCAGUACGGCUACGAGGACGAGCGCCAGAUCCAGGAGCAACAGCAGUCGCCCGAGUCCAUAGUCCGAGCCCAGUCUCAGGCCGAGGCCCAGGCGCUCGCUUUCCAGAAGAUAGCCCAGGCGGCCCACUUCAAGCACCAGGGCGAGGCCCUCGAGCAGAUCCGCGUGGCGAACGAGCAGCACCGACAGCAGAGCGCACUCGAGCAGAUCCGACAGGGCGAGCAAGUCAGCGAGGCUGGACGCCAGGAGCGCGUAAAGCCGAAGGACCCGGAGAGCGCGUACAAGGCCCGACUAAAGUCCCAGGCGACGGCUCUGGUGGCCGAGCAGCGUCGCGCCCAAGAGGCCGCCGAGUACAAGGCCCACUCGGACGCCAUCCUGAAGCUCCAGGCCCAGCAGCGGGCCCACCUCAGGGCCCAGGAGGAGGCCCACCACUAUGCCCUGAACUUCGAGAAGAACCAGCAGCGCGCCCAGGCCCAGGCCCAGGCUAUCGCCAACGCUCAGGCCCUCGCGCUCUACAAGGCCCGCCAGCAGGCCCUGAACAAGGCCCAGAACGAAGCCAAGCAGGCCGCUCGGGCUCAGGCUGAGGCUCGCAGGGUCGAUCCCGAGAACGCGCCGGUCGUCCAGUACCUCCUGCCCAACAGCGUGCCCCUGCCCGCCCCCGAGGUCUACCUGCCCAAGGCGGCCGAGGCCCUGAGGGCCGCCGCCGCCGCCGCCGCUCAGGAGAAGCGCCUGAAGAAGCCCCAGCACGCGAAGCACCUGCUGAUCGAGGACAUCGAGCCCCAGCUCCUCCGUCGCGGUCCCAAACCCGACGAGCAGCAACAGCAGUACGCCUUCCUCGUCGACGCCGGCUACUACCGCAAGCAACAACAUCAACGUCCGCUGCUCAGACAGAACGAGUACCAUCAGGGUUUGGAGGAGGUGACGCCCAGAUCGCACUACCAGUACCACCAGCAGGUCGAGAGCGAGAAGCUCGCUCUAUUGCUACCGGUCGAGCACCAGUCGCCUUGAGAGACCGAGAGAUAGAGUGAUAUAUGUACAACAUGUAUCAACGCAUCAGUAUAACGGAUAAUUCGCAUCGUCAUCAGCCUGUGUACUCUUCCUACUCGCCUCCAGAGACGCCCGAUUAAUUAACAGUAUUUUUUUAUACUAUUAUAUAUGAUACGUAUUAUAUGUAUCUGGAUAUCGUUAUACGUACGCGCCUACGCACACGCACACACACGUUAGGAUGAUUUUUACUUUAAUUAUUUUACUAUGUACACGUGGCUGAAGUACACCGACAUGAGGAUUGCUUCUGGAGGGAAUAUUGCAAGUGGGUUGUCGUAUACGUCGUCGCUGCUGUGUGUACCAUAUUAUAUACCGCGCAAUGUCUCGCUAAACCAUAUUAUAACAUUCCAUACUUUUAAAAUUUUGCCUCCGCGUAUUUAGACACGUCAUAUCAUAUUCUACUCACAUUGUCCUGGAAAAGUCUGCGCGAGUCGCUCGCGGCGUACACGUUGUAUUACACGCACAGUCUACUCUCUGUACGCGAAAUAUAAAGAGGGAGAGAGAGAGAGAUGGCGAUCUCUCGAUCGAAUUCUAACACCGCUUUAUGUAAGGUCACGUGUAUAUACACGCCGCGCUUACGCAAUGUAACAUAGACUCGCGCGGGCCGGCAUUUUUCAGCGUGAUAAUUACUAGACUCGAGGCAAUGUCUAAAAUUACCUUCUCAAAAGCUACGAGACAUAUAUAUAUAUAUACACAUAUACCUGCAUGCACCACAAAAUUCUUGCAAAACACACUCUACAUUAUAUAGUUGUGUAACAUCUGCAUUCGCCCUUAGAGCGGAGACACGGCAUUUUCACACGUAAACACGCGCACGUACGUUAUCAUUUUAUUAUUAAUAAAUCUUUCGAGCGAGAAGAAAGAAAAAUUAUCAACGCGCGCACACACGCACACACGCACACACACGGCAAUACGCUUACUUAGUCACGAUUUUUUUUUUUUUUUUUUUGUGUAACUACUUAAUUCUUCUAAUAAUUCUUUUUUUGUACGAUGUAUAUUUAUACAUAUAUAUGAGAGAGAAAGAAAGAGCGCGUCUACAUGCGAAUCUGUAAAUAUAAUCGACGGUAAAUAUUAAUUUUUUUUUUAGCAAAAAAAAAAAGAAAGAAAAGAAGCAAGAGCUAUAUAUUAUAUCGCAUAACAUGACAAAUGGUACUCCGUACAACAUGGGAUAUAUAUAUAUAUAUAUAUAUAUAUAUGAAUAUGACGUCGAGUGAGAAAGCUAGAGCGAAAGAGAGAGAGAGAGAGAUGUAUCGUGUCCUCCCCCCACGCACACGCGCUCGAGGCGCCUUAAGGGCUCGCAAGAAGAGUCGCCUAUAUAGCACUCGGCCCUUAUCGCCGUCCUCGUGCGUAUUAUGUACAUACUAGAAACUUUGAAUAAAUGUAUAAGUGCAUUUUUCGAAAAGCCAA